AUGAUUUUAUCUUCGACCAGGGGCUUUCUCACUUUUUAUUAUACUCGAUGUGUUUCGCAAGCUGAUAAAUUCGCAAUAUGUUUAGGACGUGUAUCUGGAUCAGAUCUCGAAUACAAAGGCACAUUAGAGAUUCCAAAUCUUAGCGAUGAGAAUGAUGCUAGUGAAAUUGAUGUUAAUGUAAGUGUUGACACUAAGGGACCUCAUGAGGCGACAAUUCGACAAUUACUGAAUAGGACUGGGACGGAAAAGAUUCGGGCAGCGUUAGCUACUUACAUUCGCGAGCUCAAAGAGGAGUUUAGCAAAGGUCUUAUCCUUCCCACCGACAAAGUCAAGCCGCAGGUCGUGACAAAGGGAAAGACCACCGUUGUCGAUAAAAGGAGUUUCCAAAAUAUGGUGAUAACUGAUGAGAAAGGUGAUACACCAAAGAAAGUUGAAAAGUUCGAUGUAAAAAGUGUGGAAGCGAGUGAGUCGUUUAAAGUUCCUCCUGAUCGUCUCUUCGAAGUUCUCAGUGAGCCAGCUAUGGUUCGUGCAUGGGCUAAUGGCAAUGUGGAGUGGGACUUCAAAGAAGGUGGAAAGUUUACCCUGUUUGGUGGAACAGUGACGGGAACGUUUGACAAGAUCGUAUGUUUAUGAAA